AUGACGACGCAUACUACUGACCAUGAGCUCGACACUGGCCCUGGUGAGACUAAAUUCACAGACGGCGAGCUCAACUCAGUGAUUGAAGCAACCAACGAGGUCAUCUCAUCGACACCAGCGGCUCCGGACUUACAGAUAGUCGAGGACGAGGGCUCAUACUACUGGGAUGCGUCUACAAUGGGCCAGCUGAACAAGAGAUCCCUGAAACCGUACGACAUGAACAGGGUGCUCACAAAAUCCAAGGCUGCCAUCGCCCGCCUCCGGGCAUAUCAAUCGCCCCCAUUUCCACUGUGGGACCGCCUCCCGGCGACCCGGCGAGCGGCCGUCCUUGUCCUCCUCUAUGCGGACCGAGCCGGAGACUUGAGGGUGGUCAUAACCAUGCGUUCGGCCACACUUCGCAACUUUUCAGGCCAAGCUGCAUUUCCGGGUGGAAAGGCGGAUUCUGUCGACGAGUCACCAUACCAAAUAGCCCGCCGCGAGGCCUGGGAAGAGAUCGGGCUGCCCAUGGACGACGGCAAGAUCCCGGCGCCGUUCGUGAUAGAGAACCUCUGCUACCUCCCGCACAGCCUGGCCAGGACGGGUCUGGUGGUCAGGCCGUGCGUGGCCUUUCUGCAUCCGGACCCGACCAAGGUCGACGGGUCGGAGCUGCCCAGCGUGGACGAGACGCUGAUCCCCAGGCUCGACGCCAAGGAGGUGGCGGCCGUGUUCAGCGCGCCGUUCCACAACUUCCUCAAGGCCCAGGACGAGGGCGCCACGGCCGGGCCGCCGGGCCGGUGGUACGAGGGCCGCUGGACGGAUUACAACCACUACAGGUGGCGGCUGCACUACUUUUACGUCCCCAUCGACCGGCAGCGCGUCACGCGGCCCAAGGAGCGCGAGGGAGGCCAGGCUGCGCUGGCCGAGCCUGACGAGUCGGGCCCCGAGACGAGGUUCAAGGUCUGGGGCAUGACGGGGAGGAUCCUGGUGGAUGCGGCCCGCGUUGCCUACGGGGAGGAGCCAGAGUUUGAGCACAAUGACGAGUAUGGGGAUGAGAAGAUGAUUCAAGAGCUCGAGAGCCAGAUGCUUGAGACCAAGUUGUGA